AUGGGCCCCCAUCAAUCACAUCCCCACGCGGGAGGCUCUAUUGCCCAGAUGCCUCCUAACGGAACCACCAUUCCCAAUGACACCAGCAAACAGAAUGCCAUACCAUCUGUUCCACGCCCUGAACAACGUAACGACUACUUUGGCUUCAACAUUGGACAGUCUAAUUCCGCCUCAACGGAUAGUAAAAGAGCUGAGAUUCCUCGAUCAACGUAUGACCGAGGGAAGUCAGACGAGGCCAUCACUCCAACCGGCGAGUCCAUACCUGCCUCUGUUGAAUCUAAGCACAAUUAUUUGGGGACCGAUCUCCUUGGUGGAUCGACAGACACUCGGAAUACGAAGAAUAGAAGGAUGAGCCGGAGUGAAUUCGACCAAUUCGUUGGUGACAAUGAGCUUGAUAAAACAGCGAAGGAUGGAAAAAUUGGUGUCAACCAGUUUUUUGGGCUCGAGUCUUCCUAUUAA